AUGCAAGUAGUCCGCCGAGCAUAUCGAUCUUCACUAUUGCGCCACCCACUUGCCCCAAAUACAUCCCGCGGCAUGAGCUCAAACGAACGUAUCAAAGCUGACGAAGCAGCAUGCUCCGGAUCUUCUGUCUCUGCAUGCGAAACCAUUUUUGAUAAAAUUAUCAAUGGACAGAUUCCCGCCAAGAUCGCGUACGAGGACGAAAAGUGCCUGGCCUUUCACGACGUAAAUCCGCAGGCGCCUGUACAUAUUUUGCUUAUCCCUAAAAAGCGAGAUGGACUUUCACAGCUCGCUCUUGCUGAGGAACGUCACCAAGCCAUCUUAGGUCACCUGCUAUAUGCAGCCAAGCUGGUUGCCAAGCAACAGAACCUGGAGAAUGGCUUUCGCAUUGUCAUAAACGACGGCGUCGAUGGUUGCCAGUCUGUGUUCCAUUUGCACUUGCACCUUCUUGGCGGACGCAAGUUAGGGUGGCCUCCAGGAUGA